CGUACGAAAGGCGCGUGAAUUUGUUCUUUCUUGGGUCCGUAAAAGUUUUCUUCCGAGGUUACAGGAAGUUGUCAGGCAAUUUCAGCAUGUCAGAAGAUGCAUGAAAGUCACACAGGUGUUCUGUAACUGUGUGUCAUUAGGUCUGCAUUAGUUCGGAUGCCCCUUUUUGUCCUUCACUGACAGUGUGUGGUGUUGUCAGCUGACUUGCGCCAACUAUCACAUUCGCUCUGCGCGGGCAGACAUGAAACAAUUCCGCUUUGCAACCUCUGGAGAUGACGUCCGAAUAUGGGACGCCACCACUCUAGAACUACAGCAUAAUUUUUAUGCGUCGGCCUCUUCUAAGGCCCCAAUUAUUCGCUGGAGCCAUGAUGGCGAGCAAAUCCUAGCAGUUCCAAGGUCGGGUGACUGUGUUCAUCUAACCUGGGUUCGUGGACAGACUUUGAGGCACGAAAAUGUACACGUCAAGGAGAGUGUUUCUUCUGCAACUUACGCUACUGAAGUCAAUCGCUACCUAGGGAUUGGCUGUACCAGUGGCAAUGUGUUAGUAUGGGACAUGAAGCGCAGCAAACCAAGGGGAACAUAUCAGGCACCUCACAAAGGAGCAGUGACAUGCGUCUGCUUCGGUGCUCAUGAUACUAUUCUUGCUUCUGGUGGAGCUGAUGGAAAUAUUGUUCUGAACAACGUCGUCGUAAUGUCAAGCUUCACGGAGCUAGGAGCUAUCCCCAGCACUGUUAUGCGCCAAGUUUCUUUUUCUCCCCUGCGGAGAUAUACGCUGCUGUCAGCUUCGAGCGAAGGACGCAUAGACCUGUGGGAUGCCGCCUCGAAGACGCACAGCCACUGCUUUUCAGGACUUCACGAUGAUUGCAAAGGCAUCGCACUGUCCCACAUUAACGACAGCUUCUUUCUUAGUGUCGGAGUUGAAGGAAAUAUUGGAAUGUACGACCUCAGUACGAAAAGAGUACAAAGGUCCAUAGCGGCUUGUGAAGGUCUCCAUUCAGUGUCAUUCCUCCAUGAUGGAAUCCACUUUGUGGUGGGUGGCGUUUCAGGCCAGGCUUAUGUGUAUGACCUGCGUCAGUCAGUGGAGCCUAUUGUGGGCGCAAUUCUUGCACAUGCAGGUCCGGUCACCUCGAUCUGCAUGCAGCCCUUAGUGACGGAUGAGGAGACUGGGUUGAGCAUAGGACAGCAAAGUGCCAGCUUCACCGUGAGGCCAAAGGAGAUCCGAGCACCAAUGACCUUGUCUUCAUUGAUCCAGGUCCAGGGAGAAGGUGCCAGUGCCUUUUCGCCUGCAAAUUCGACGGUGCCGUCAUCACGUAGGGUGAGCACAUCGUCACAGCGACUGAGUCUGGUGUCGACAGACUAUCCUCGAGAGGGUUACGAUGCGUUCAGUCCUCUGACUUCUGCUGUGGACUCCAAGUGUCUUGAUGACACUAACUUCAGUGUUCCAUCGCACGCAGGAGGCCCAACACCUCCUGGCUCAGGGCAGAUGUUUUCAACUCCAUGUGGUACCACCUCUGUCAAUGGUCCUAAGGUGGUAGAAGAAGCUCCUCUAAGCCCGAUUGACUCCGACUGUGAAAGUGUCGGUGCUGACAGGGGAGAUUUUGGCAAAUCUUCUGAACACAAGCAGUGUGGUGUUCCAGAAUUUUGUCUUGGUAAAGUUACCCUCAGGGGCGACACUAUGACAGAGGGGAGUGUCAACAACUCUAACGAAAAUAAAGAAGAUGCAGCCUCUCCAACCUCACAAGACUCCGGAAACAGCGAUCCACCGCCAUCAAAUUCGGAGGAAGCGGAAGAAUUUAGAGUGAAGUGCAUGAUACAAAGGUUUCGGGGUCUCUAUGGUCUUGCAGACGACGACUCCGUUCUGGAAGCAGGGCAACUGGCACCAAUUAUUCGUCGAGUCUUUCGCCAAGAAUUGCAUGACAUAAAGAUAAGCCUUCAAGCCCAACAUCAGGCUGAAAUGUCUGCGCUGAGGGAUGAAAUUCUGGGUGAACUCCGCAGCCUGCGAGAGGAAAUCCAAGACCUCAAGGAAUUUUAAGUUGGCCUAAAGUCCCAUAGACCUGAAGCGAGGAGAGUCUGGAACUGUACAUACUGCUCAGCUUCUCUUUUCUUUUCUUUUUUUUAUUCGCGCGCUAUACUGUCUAACCAUUCUUAAUAUUUCAUGUUAUAUGUAUAUAGAUGUCUAAAUUAUUUUAACUUUUUUAAUACAAAAUUUUAAUGCGAACAGAGGUUAAAUUAUGAAAUGCAAGUUUCUGACCUGUUCAGUGUUUAUUGCUAGACUGGAGUGGUACUUGCUUUGACAAAGUGAAUAAUUGACAAAAGCAAAGAGAAAUUAUCAUGUUAUUUCAUUAUGUUAUAAGCCAAUUCAGUUCAAUCUCCUACUAGUGUAAUUUGGUUUGGCAUUCAUUUUUGCAGCGUUUUGGGAGGUCUCAAAAAUUAUAAACAAUGGAAACCAUAAUAGUUAGUCGGAAAGUGUAAAUUAUACUGUUUCAGAAAACUUGAUAAUCCGAUCACCUUAUUCAUUUGAGGUGUUUGAUACAAAGUUAUUGAUCUUCCUAUAUCAUACAGUUUUCGUGAAGGGCUUCUCAAUUUCUGAAGCUCCCAAAUAUUGGACAUAAAAUAUCGUACACAGCAAUGCCAAGCACCACACGUAAAUCUGGCAUCUGAAAGAAAGAUAAGAACACUGUAGAUUUCGUUUGUAAGCGUACAACCUUUCGUGCGGUAGACCGCAUUUCAUCAGGUACCCUCGGGGUCGUUGACAACACCGAUGAAAUCAAGUGCUUCACUGCAUGAAAGCUUUUUUUUAUCCCUUGUGUUGACCGUGCUUGACAGAGUUCCCACAAUUCCCCGAUUUAAGAAAAAAGACCCGAGAGAUUAAUUAUUCCGAUUAGACAGCAAGUUCUAACGAUUUAAUCGUCGUCGACAUGCACGCGGACGCCGCCAUUGUUUCGCGUGGCCGUUCUGCAAGUCGGCUUCACAAAUGACACGCGUGCGUUAGGAGAAGCGUGCUUUACAACUUGCGUGCGCCUGUGCAACUGUACCCCGCUUGUCCGUGUGAGAUUCGCGUCGUCUAUGGGUCUGUUGCGGACCGCGUUGUGCGGCGGGAUCUAACGAAGGUGGCAAGAGUUUAGAGUUGGCUUUCCUCAUUGACAACCAUCAUCAAGUGGAAACCACAGCAUUCAUGUUGUGCACGAAAUCUUUUAACUCGACAGGGGAAUGAGCCAUUACUACCUUCGCCUUGACCUGGAACCAACUGCGAACCCUAGGCGCUUUAUACGUAGUAAAAUGAACAACAAAGAUAAUGUGGCCCGACGCGCAGUUCGAAGCUGAAACGGAGAAGACCAUUAUCGAGAGACCGCAGCCACGUAAUAAGAUCGUUGAGUACACACGAAGCCCUAGAAAGUAAUGAAAAAGUCGGCACAAAAAACGUAGCUCUGAUAUGGACUCUAAUUAACGCCUCAAAGAAAAGUGGGCUGCUGUAUUUGCAUGGACGUAGGUCUUUUGCAAAACCGCCCGUCCCUCGUGCGACACGUUGUUGACAGUGGUACCGCGAAGCCCGAACUUGACACCGUUCCUAUCAUCCCCCAGGCGUCGCGUUGGCGCUCGAUUACGUGACCACGACUGAUAAGUAUCCCCCUUUCCCCUAUUGAAACACACAUGUGCCGCUGCAGUUGAACGCAUAACGCUCCGGGACUUCUUCAAAGUGACAAUGAAGGCGAUGGAAUACCUCUUUGUCGUCUUUGUUUUUGCCCUAGUUCGGCCGACCUCGUGUCGCUGCGAAUGCGAUGGCUUCUCGGACAAGCUGCAGAACAUGGACGCAACGUUAAAGGACCUGACAGCCAUUGUCCGUGCUCUGAACGUUGCUGUAACGUCUUUUGGAAAGAGGUUGCACGACCUUGAACUGGCUAAACUUCGGACAGGAUAUCCUCGCGAAUCGGCGACUGUGCUGGAUCGUCUCUACGAGAUAGAGAAGGCUGUAACCGUGAACGAUGAUGUUCUCGAGCUUCUGGGCUCGUCUGCAGCUAAGAACGACGCUUCAGCGGACCAAGUUCCAGCAGGGUUCGUUGACACGGUGGACAAGACUAAGCCUAACGAGACGGUGGGUAGCCCGCUGAGGAGGUGGAAAAGAGGAUUGAUGCUGGGUGACGUGUUGAGGAUUCUUGCGGAGCAAGUGGUUGUUACCGAAAGAAACGUGUCCGAUACGUUUACCAGGGUACAAGACCUGGAGGAGUCCAGGAACGCAGCUGUUGGUCGGAUGCAAGCCCUGACAGGUGCGACGGAGUCCAUACAGAACGACGUGCUUGCGUUGAACGCGACCGUGGACAGGGCACAGGAGUACAUUCUCACAAGUGUACGAGCCUUGAACGCAGGUGUCUUCGAGGGCCUGUUGAGAUUGAACGUGUCUUCCGUGGCACGUGUCGUGUCGCUCGAUCGGAAUUUAUCGAGGCGCAUCGGACUGAUCAACGAAACAAUACACGACGAGUUGAGUAGCGUGGAAGCGUCGUUGAGAGGUGACUUGAAUGUGCUCAAGGACAAGGUUGAAGUGGUUGAAAAAAUAACGCAAGAUAUUGCUGCGUCACGAGGCUUUGCUUUGCCAACAGGCUCUUCAAACCCUUUUGUGGACAUGUUUGCAAAAAAGUGGGUGCGUUAAUUCGUUAAUGCGUGGCUGCGAUUUGGUGGUUCAUUCGGCAUUCCGGUGUGAUUUCUAAAGAAAGUUCCAGAAUAUUGUAUUCCUCCAACGAUCUUGUACGGAUUAUAUAUUCGGCGGUGAUGCCCACGGUGCAUCCCCGAUGGAACCGAUGCCAUUUACUGAUGUCUGCAAAUUUCAAGCGUCAAUUUUAACCUCCCAACCCCUGCUGAUAGUGACGGGUGUAGAUGCUGUCUAUGUAUACAAAACAAACUUUUCUAGCUAGUACGGAAGUAACAACGGUCAGUGUGCAGUGUUUCUAUGGAUUUCCAGAAUAACUAUCGGCGUGGCCCUUGAUGCGGAAGUGUUCCGUGCAGGAGACACUCGACACAAUCAUGCCCGCAUUCAGCCAGACGAGCCCGUCUUCAGACUGUCUCGAGAAGAAAGUGCCAUCCGGCGACAGGAAAAGCGAAGAACUUAGUAGAAAGCGAAGUGAAUGCACGAAUGAAAAUAAAACACUAAAAGCCAG